AUGAUUGAAGCAAUAUAUAUAUCAGAUAUAACCAAUCUGUUAAUUUAUGAAUAUUCCAAUAAACUAUCAAUUCCCAAAUUCAAAACAAUUCUACCGAAAAUUCAAUCACAAUCGACCGAUUCAACAUCACCACAAUCAUUAACUACUACUCAUUUUAACAUAAAUUCAUCAUAUUAUAUAGUACAACACAAACAUUUAUCAUUGAAUUUUUAUACACUUUGUUCCAAUUCAAAUUCUAGUCCCUUAAUACCUCAUACAUUUAUACAAAGAUUUAUUGAAACUUUACAAGAUUAUUUUGGAGAAUUGAAUAGUAAUAAAAUAGAAACAAAUAAUGAUAUUAUUACAUUAAUACUAUAUCAAAUGUUAGAUGAUGGAAUGCCUAAUAUUACUGAUUUUAAUAAAAUAAGAGAUUUAGUUAGUCAUAAUUCAUUAUUAACCAAAAUUUUAAAUGAAGCAUCAAAAACUACUGGAUUAGUUCAAGAUACAAAAUUAUCUUUCCAAACAGAUAUACCAUGGAGAAGAAAUGAAGUUAAACAUACAAAUAAUGAAAUGUAUGUUGAUGUAAUUGAAAAUCUAAAUCUUAUAAUUAAACCAAUAAUCAAAAAAUCAAAAUUAAAUCAACAAUAUGAUUCUGCUUUUUAUUCAAGUCAUCAAUCUGAAAGUAUUGUAGAUAAUUAUAUUUUAAAUGGUUCUAUAAAUGGACAAAUUGAUUUUAUAAGUAAAUUAAGUGGUCAACCAACAUUAGAAUUAAUUUUAAAUAAAAUUGGAUCAAAUUUAAUAUUACCACAAUUUCAUAGAUGUAUAAAUCUUGAUAUGUUUAAAGAAAGGAAAGGUGUAUUAUCAUUUAUACCACCUGAUGGGAAAAGUACAAUUAUGAAAUAUCAAAUUGAUUUAAACGAUGAAUCAAUGAAUAAUAAAGAAAAAAUUAAUUUAAUUAAAUUAAAUAGUAUAGAUACUCAAUUUUUAAUUCAUGAAAAUUCAUCUGAUUUUGAAAUAAAAUUAUUUCCAACUUUAUUAAUUAAUAAAAUAGAUAGCAUAAUUGUUGAAAUAGUUUGUGAAAAUCAAGAAGAUCAAAUUAAAAUAAAUAGAAUAAGUCACGGAGAUUUUCAAACUAAAUUUAAUAAUAAACAUGAAUGGAGUAUGAAAGAUUUGAAAAAGGGAGUAAUUCCAAUAUUAAAUGCAACAAUAAUAAGUAAAAAUGAAGAAGAAAUAGAAAGUAAUGGUGAUAGUGAAAAUCAUAAAGAUUCAUUAUCAACUCAUUCCAUUAAAUCAAAAAAACCAUUAUAUAUUAAAUUGAAUUUCACUUAUAAAGGAUUAGUUCCAAGUGGUAAUAAAGUUGAAAGUUUAAAAAUAACAAAUGCAAAAGGAUUAGGUGAUAAUGUUAAACCAUACAAAGGUGUAAAAUAUAUAACUAAUUCUGGAGAAUAUAUAGUGCGAUCUUAG